AAAAAAAAAAAAACGAGACACAAACAGAAACAGAAAUAGCGGUUAACUCUGCUCCCUUACUGCGAAUCGUUGAAAUUCAAGACGGAUCGCUAUCGCAUUUCUUCAAUUAUGUCUGUUUCGCUUUUCAUUCCGCUGCAAUAAGCGAUCGCAGCAACACAAAAAGGGAGAGAGCGAAAGAGAAAGGAGAAGGAGCGAGCGAGCGAGAGACAGAGAGAGAGUGAGUGCGCUCUCAAUUGACGACUCCCACUCCCACACACACUCCACCUCAGUCCCCCCUCUUACCCAUAAUUACUAUGGAUUGUGGUGGUAUUGCGGCACAUCAACAACAACAACUACAACAGCAACAACUGCACUUACUCCAGCAACAGCUACAACAACAACAACAUCAGCAGCAGCACCAACAACAACAACAACACAACCUCGAGGAAGCAGCAACAAUAACAAAUAUCAACCUUAGAGGCAUCUUGGUGGGCAGUGCUGCCAGUGGCGGUGGUGAAGAAGUAGCAGCGGCUGUUGGUUCAACGUUAACGACGACGGCGACAACGAACGCCGCUGGCUUCGUGGCUGGUGGGGAUUGCCCUGUGAUUGGCGCCGCCGGUGCUGGUGCUGGCGCUGGCGUCAAAUUGCGCAGGCACAGCGAUCGUCCCCUGACGCCGGAGGCCAAGCAGCUAUCUCAUACAUACCGCAUAUCCAUGGCUAAUUUGGAGGAUUCACAGGAAUCGGAGCUGGAUCAGAUCCUAGGCGAACUGAGUCUCCUGGAGGCACAAAUCACCUAUGGCGAUGCGUCCAUGCUGCCCGCUGUUAUGGGUGCUGGACUUGCUGGAAUGCAAUUCCCACCACCACCACCACCACCACAUGGACUAACCCAAUUGCCAAUUGGCAAUGCACCAUCAUUGGUUUCCAUGUCGGCUGCCUCGUCGCGCACCCAUUCGCGUACCAAUAGCAGCAUCUCAGCGGAUGUGAGCAGUUGCUCGUCGUCGGGGAUCUCGGAGAAUGGACAUGGUCUGGGACUUGGUCUUGGUCUUGGUGGUCCUGUGCCGGCUGGAAUGAUAGUACAUCCACAGCCGCCAGUUGGCAUGACCAUGGGCAUAACGCUGGGCGUUGUUACGCCCCGAGAGCCGCGCACAGAGUCGCCCGACAAUGACUCCGCCUUUAGCGAUACGGUAUCGCUGCUGUCCAGCGAGUCGUCGGCCUCCUCGAACACAUCCCUGCAGCAACAGCAGCAACAGCAACAGCAUCAACACCAGCAUCCACAUCAGCAGCAACAUCAGCAGCAGAAACAACAGCUGGUCAGCUCUGGUCAGCAUGGUGGACAUGGUAGUGGUCAGCACGGUGGUCAACAGAGUGGUGCUAAUAACAUCUCGAAGGCAGCCAAAAUCCAACUGGCAUUGCAUAAGCUGGAAAGCGCCUCAAUACGGCGACUCUUUGUCAAGGCUUUUACCUCAGAUGGAGCCUCCAAGUCACUGUUAGUGGAUGAGCGUAUGGUCUGUGGGCAUGUUACACGCCUGCUGGCCGACAAGAAUCACGUGCUGAUGCAAUCCAAUUGGGCGCUGGUCGAGCAUCUCGGCGAUCUGCAGAUGGAACGCCUUUUUGAAGACCAUGAACUGCUGGUGGAUAACCUAAUGACGUGGAACUCGGAUGCCGGCAAUCGUGUGCUCUUCCAGCAGCGACCCGACAAGGUGGCCUUGUUCUCGCGCCCUGAACUAUAUCUGCCCGGACCACAGAUGGCGCCCGGAUGUCAGCAUGAUGAGCAGACGCGGCAGAUGUUACUCGAUGAGUUCUUCGAUUCGCACGCCCAGCUACAGCUAGACGGGCCGCUCUACAUGAAGGCGGACCCGAAGAAGGGCUGGAAGCGUUACCAUUUCGUGCUGCGCUCCUCGGGCCUCUACUAUUUUCCCAAGGAGAAGACCAAGAACACGCGCGACCUGGCUUGCCUGAAUCUGUUCCAUGGCCAUAAUGUCUAUACUGGACUGGGAUGGCGCAAGAAAUGGAAGUCACCGACUGACUAUACUUUUGGAUUCAAGGCGGUUGCGGAUUCCUCACUGGGCAAGUCAUGCCGCUCGCUCAAGAUGCUCUGCGCCGAAGAUCUGCCUACAUUGGAUCGCUGGCUAACGGCCAUACGUGUCUGCAAGUAUGGGAAGCAGCUGUGGGAUAGUCAUAAAUCACUGUUAGAGGAUCUCUGCCUGAACCGUGACGAUUCCGUAUCGCAAUCGAGCUUUGCUGCCUCAAUGCGCAGCGAGUCCAUCUCGAGUAUCUCGUCGGCAGUUCCCUCACAAUGUGGCAGCGUUUCAUCGGCCAUCAGCAGCAUGUCCAACUCGACUAGUGGACGCACAUCGCGUGCCUCCAGCAGCAGCUCCAGCGGCUGUCUUUCGGAUGACAACAACGGUUUCGACUCAGAGUUCACCACGGGCACCAUCAAGCGUAAGCCUUCGAUGAAGCCCAAUCUACCGCUGACCACGAUGACGCGACAGCUAAAGGAGGUGGGCGAGAUCACUAUUUGCGAAAGUGCCGGUGGCGAUGCCAGUUCUCCGGAGCGCAGUGGUACCCUAACGCGCCGUCACAGUCGCCGCAAGUCGCAGGAAAGCAACGGAAGCGGCACACUCAAACGACGUCCAAUUCCUGUACCGGUGGCCACAGUUGUUAAACAGGUAGAGCCAGUAGGCAGUGCCUCGUCCACCUCGUCCAGCAGCAACUCAACGCCCACGCCCACGCCAAGCAUCUGCGCCAAACCGCCACCGGGUGAUGCCGCCUCGCUGAUGUGCUCGUCGACGCUGUCUUUGGAUUCUCUGCCACCGCCACCGCCGCCACCCGCAUUAGAUGGUUCGGAAGAUCAGGAUGUGUACGGAUCGCAGCUGUCGCUGGCCUCACUGCCACCACCGCCUCCACCCGAGGAUGUGCUGGCAAUGACUUAUGAAGGACCACCCAGUCCAUCUACUCCCACACCAAUGAGCACGCCCAUGAUGAUGCCCAAUAGCAAUGGAUCUUUGCCUCCGGCGGUGCCGGCUAAACCCAUGAAACCAGCAGUGAAGCAGUCGUCGGCGGGUGGUCUUAAGGCUGCGCCUCCAUACAAGGCGCCGCCGGAUUAUGUUGGUCCAGCCUUGCUGGCCGGACCUCCGUUGCCGCCGCCGCCACCCGCCCAGAAAAAGGUCUCGUUUGCAGACUCACCGGUGCUGCUGCGUCGCAAGAUGUGUUCGCCAGAGCCAGCGCUGCCCCAGCGAUCGCCCAGCACUACGCUUAGCUGUCAUUCUAACAGCAGCACGGGAUCAGCCUACCAGACCUAUGCUCCAGGACCGAUGUUGCCGCCACGUUCGGAUUUGGCACGCCUGUCAAGCCAAAGCAAUGGCAGCAGCAGCGAGGUGACCUCGCCAAAGCGCCUGCAGGAGUCCGCCUCGAAUCCGCCUCGUGAUUUCCUUAAGGAUCUGCAGCGGGUGAUGCGUAAGAAGUGGCAGGUGGCGCAGAAAUGCAAGGCAGAGCCGGCCACAACGCCGCACGAAGUUCUCGGUUUCCGGGACUUUAGCAACGAGGAUUUGCUGGCCGCUCACAAUCUCAACUCGGGUGCAAAUUCCUCGCACUACUACCGGGAGACAGCCAAUGUUAGUCAUUGGGUGAGGGAGCACUAUGAGUAUGCACACAAUGCGCUGUACGAGAAUGUGCAUGCCCAGGGAAGGGCCAGUGGUACUACUGGAGAUGCUGGUACACCUCCUUUACCGCCUCCGCCUGGCAAUUCCAUGGCAGCCAAGAAGCGUCCACCGCCGCCGCCACCGAAAAGGAGCGACAAGACGCAUCUGACUAACAGGGUGUAGAAACAAGCUAGAGCGGUUCUAGAGUAAGUGAAGUGGUGACUGAUUCACUCCCUCGGGAUCCUCGUUCUCCGAAAGAAAGGCGCACUUUUACUGAUCUGAAAGAAAGCUUAAGCUAGAAAAAAAGAAUCUUACAAAUUCCUAAUUAAGUCUAGGCGACAAACUGAGCGAGAUGGAGAAACCAACUAAUUAAAGCAUACAUAUAUAUGUAUGAAUAUAUAUAUAUAUAUAUAUAUUUUCUAAGAAUAUGCUAUAUGGCCACGCCCACUUCUCUUACAAAAGUAUUACACAUAACAGAGAAUCAAACUGUAGAGCUGCUAACUUCUCAGUUAAGAGAACUCAAACCGCAUUAAAAGUGUCAACAAAAUUGUGGCUAAAAAUGAUUAUAAAUUUAGUUUAUUUGUUUCUAAAUAUUUACAUAUUUUUUAUAUAAGUUUUAAGUAUAAAGUUGUUUUUUUUUUAAAGAAAAAUAUAUUCAAAAAUCAAAAGUAGUGCAAAAAUUUCCCUUUUUUUAACUACAAAAUUAGCUUAGCAAGUUUUGCCAGACCUUCAAGUAACAGUUUUUUGUUUUGUUGACAUUUUUGAUAUGGUUUGAUGUUAUUUCGUCUAUAUUUUGAUUCAAAAAAAAGCAAAAACAAAAAGAGAAAAGAAUUUGCAUUAGUAAAAAUAUUUAAGCUAAAUUUUAGUUUGUAAAAAGCGAAAACGAAAUGCAUUUUAAAAAACGAUAGUGCAUUAUUUAUAUAAAGAAAAGAAAAGGCAAGGAAACUAAAGUAGCUAUAGGCAAGUGUAAAGUGUUUUUUAUAUAUUAUACAUGGCACUUUUUAAAUUGUUUAAUUGCUCUUAGUAAUGAUUUUACGCAUACGUUUCUUUUUUUUUUUUUUUUGCGAUAUUCUUUGUAACGGGUAGAGAGUGAACGCGUUUUGUAAGCGCAUGAAAUGCGCUGCGCUAGCAAAGGAAAUGCCUUAUAAAGCAUAUAUAAACCUAAAUCAAGUAUAUAUAUAUAUAUACACCUAAUAUAUAUAUAUAUCUAUAUUAAUAUAUACUUCAAAUUUGUGUUGAUCUAUCUAUCUAUCCAAAUUGUUUUGAUCUUGAUUUAAACAAUUGUAAUUGUACUUUGAUUGUUCAUUUAAAAAAAAAGAAGACAUAACCAAAUGCUUAGUUUUCAAAAGAUUUGUCAAGUUCCUCAAUAGUCUUAAAUUCAACUUUCUCUUUGUACUUAUAAACAGAUUAAAAACAAUACAAAGAAAAGAAAAUAAACAUAACAGACAGAUCAGCGCCAUAAAAUGCAAAUCAAACUAUUUUGUAGUGAAGGCAAUAAGAGACAGAGAGAGAGAGAAUGGAAUUAGUUCUGUACACAAAUCAAAUAUCUAAUUCAUAUAGUAAUUGUAAUUGUAACUGUAAUAAUAUAUAAUAUAUAUAUCAAAUCAUUUUUAUUUGCUAAAUUUCAUUUGGUUUUAUGAUUUUUGGAAGCGUUCCUAUAGAUUCAAAUUUGAUAUGGAAAAAAUGUUAUAUUUUCAGAGUAGCUUAACUUUCUUUCUUUUUUUUGGUUAGGGAAAACUUACUAACCCUAUUGAUUCUAUAUAUAAUCGAUAACAAGUAUUGAUCACUUUUGUAAUUUUGUUUUUUGUAACUUGUUUGCCAUUUGUUUUGUAUGUAUGUUUGUGUACAGCCAGAGACAGCCAUAUAUCUAUUAAAAACAUAAAACCUGUAAAUCUCUAGCACGGUAUGCUUAUAAUAAUAUCAAAAACUAAGUAUCAGAGAACUCAAUCAAUCAAUCUUUUUGAUCUUAUGCUACCGUUAGCUUUGCCUAUAUAUAUAUAUAAUUCUAUAUGAGGUUUUGUUAUGUUUUAAAUCGAAUAAUGCUCGAAAUCAAUCGACUAAAACUUCGCCUUCUCUAACCAGCCAUCCUAGAAGUGUUCAGAUUCCCAGACUCUCCGUAUUAUCAUUGCUAUUGCUCCCAAUCCAUGUCCAGACAUCCCUUAUAUAUAUAUGUGUGUAUAUCUUUUGUUUUUUUUUUGUUUUUUUAAUAACUAAAAUCACAAGCAUUGGGUUUAUUAUGGUAAAUUUCGCAUUUUACUUUCCUACGUAUACAAAACUAAAGGGUAUUAUGCAUAUAGAUCUAGAUAUAAACAUACUUAAAUAAAGGAAAUGCCAAUUUUUUAAAGCUUGAAUUUAUAUAUAUGAAAAUAUUUUUUAGAAACUAUAUGCUAUAUAUAUCUAUAUAUAUAUAUAUAUGGUAGGAACACAAGGAUGUGCCAUAGGCGCCGUCGUCGUGUCAAAAGAAAAACAAAAACAAAAACCUGCAACAUUUUUUGCUAAAUGAAUGUAAUAAAAUCUAAAUGAAAACCUAGUCAUUAAGUCCAAGAUAAAAAUGAGAAAAAACCUAAAUUAAAAGCUAAAUAAAUUUAUAUUUUAAUGACAUUACAAACAUGCAAAAAAAAAGAAAGUGAAAUCUAGAAACUUACUCUCGAUGCUUUAAAAAACAAAACGAAAACAAAACAAAAAAAAAAUGAUAUACAUUUUAAAGAUAAUUUCGUUUGCCAUCUUACAUAUAUUAUAAUUUAUAAAACAUAUUGAUUUUUGUUUCCGUUUCCGUUUGCUUAAAUAUUUUUUAAUUUCAAUGUAUAAAACGAUUAAGUAAUAAAUCAAGGUUCAACUCUAGAAGAACAAGAAAUCAAACACAGAAAACACAGAAUCCUAAUUAUAUUAACUAAGGAAAAACACUCAUAUUACAGCCCAAGCUAAAAACUAAAUGAAAAGACUACAAACGGUGGAGAAUACAAAACAAAAAUAAAGUAAGUUUAUUAUAUAUAAUUAUAUCGCCGAAACAUCAUUCAGCAGACAUCAUUCAUCACUCUAUGCAUUAACUACAAAUUUACAAAAUACAAAAAAAAAAAAUACAGCAAUGGAAAAACUAAACAACAACAACAACAACAACAACAUCUAACUAAAUAAAUCAAAGAAAAAUUCAAUUUAAAAAUAAAUAAAAAAAUAAAAUAACAGAAAUUCUUUGCAGGGCUAUUAUAUAGUGAACAAUGUUGCCAUUUGAUACCAUUUUUUCCACAAAAUAAAAACACACACACAUUUGAUAUAAAUAUAUAUAUAUAUUACUAUAUAUACCUUAUAUUCCGAAUCAAAUGGAAUUUUUUUGUAAUUUUGAUAGAAACAUUCAAAACAUAUUUAAAGCAAAAAAGAGCUAACAAAAACUGUGCGAAUGAAACGUGUUACGAAAACUAUGAAAAAUAAAUGCGAGAAAUGCCUAAGAAAAUUUGAAAUAAA